AUGGGGCUGUUCUUAAAUCAUACAGGGAUAGAAUCAUGUGAGAUAACGAUAAACGAAGACUUAGCUGGUCAUAAUCAGCCACUUUUAUUACAUACAAAUUUGAAAGAUGGUUUUCUAUAUCCAAAUUCUGAUGAUGAAACAAUUCAAAUAAAUCCUGGUGAAUCAAUUGUUCUGGCUUGUCCUGGUGGACAAUUUGAUGAAGAUAGCAUUUCAACAAAUGAUAAUGUACGUGCUGAAUGUACACAAGAAAAUUCAUUUGUUGUUGAAAAUAAGGAUUUUACUGGAUCGUUGAAAGAUAUUAGUUGUAGUAGAAAUCCUCAAACUAAGGUCAAGACAACUCUUGAUAAAUGUUCACGUGAUGGAGUUAAAGGUACCAUUGGAUUUCAUGUUAAUGCAAAGUCAAAACAUAACUAUCAAUCGAUUAUCGAUUUUUGUCACAAUGCAAAAAUUGGUCACACCGUUUAUGCACAUACUAAAAUACCAGCACAAAUAAAAAAUCAUCAAAAAGGAGUUGCACGUGUUGAGUUUAAACAGGAUAAUUUCUUCAAGGGUAUAUCAGUUCGUAAUGUUUAUAGAAAAACAGAACAAGUUAAAACAAUUGCUAAUAUAGUUGGAAGCAUGGAACUUGCAGAAGACUUUAUUCAUGAUAAAGGUGAAUAUUUUUUUGCCAAGGGACAUUUGGUUGCAAAAGCUGAUUUUAUAUUUGGCUCACAACAACUUGCUACAUUUUCUUAUGUCAAUGCCAUACCAAUGUGGCAAAAUGUUAAUGGAAAAAAUUGGGCAAGGCUUGAGGAGAGUGUAAGAAAUUAUGCUAGCGAUAGAAAUCGUGAUUUAGAGGUUUGGACAGGAAGUCUUGGAAUUUUGCAAAUUAAAGAUGCAAAUAGAAAAUCACAUGAUCUUUAUUUACAUCGAAGUGUUGAAGGAAAAAAAUCAAUACCAGUACCAAAAUUACUUUUUAAGGUUGUUUAUGACAGUAUUAGUAAAGCUGGUGUUGCUUUUAUAACAAUUAAUAAUCCAUAUUUGAAAAGUCUUGAUGAUGAAUAUGUGGUUUGUAAAGAUGUUUGUGAUGAUUUGCCUUGGUUCAAUUACAAAUCAACAUGGAGACGUGAUAAAUAUGACAGUGGAUAUACAUAUUGUUGUAAAGUUGAUGAUUUUAGAAACGUAUUUCCAGAUUUACCAGAAUUUCAAGCCAGAAAAUUGCUCAAUAACUUUAUAUGGACAGAAUCAUGUGAGAUAACAAUAAAUAAAGAUUUAGCUGGUCAUAAUCAGCCACUUUUGUUACAUACUGAUUUGGAACAUGGUUUUCUCUAUCCAAAUUCUGAUGAUGAAACAAUUCAAAUAAAUCCUGGUGAAUCAAUUGUUCUGGCUUGUCCCGGUGGACAAUUUGAUGAGGAUGGCAUUUCAACAGAUGAUAAUGUACGUGCUGAAUGUACACAAGAAAAUUCAUUUGUUGUUGAGGACAGUGAUUUUACAACAUCAUUGAAGGAUAUUAGUUGUAGUAGAAAUCCACAAACUGAGGUCAAGACAACUCUUGAUAAAUGCUCACGUGAUGGAGUUAAAGGUACCAUUGGAUUUCAUGUUAAUACAAAGUCAAAACAUAACUAUCAAUCGGUUAUCGAUUUUUGUCACAAUGCAAAAAUUGGUCACACCGUUUAUGCACAUACUAAAAUACCAGCACAAAUAAAAAAUCAUCAAAAAGGAGUUGCACGUGUUGAGUUUAAACAAGAUAACUUUUUCAAGGGUAUAUCACUUCGUAAUGUUUAUAAAAAAACUGAACAAAUUAAAACAAUUGCUAAUAUAGUUGGAAGCAUGGAACUUGCGAAAGACUUUAUUCAUGAGAAAGGUGAAUAUUAUUUUGCCAGGGGACAUUUAGUUGCCAAAGCUGAUUUUAUUUUUGCCUCACAACAACUUGCAACAUUUUCUUAUGUCAAUGUUAUACCAAUGUGGCAAAGUAUUAAUGCAGGAAAUUGGUUUUCGAUUGAAGAAAGUGUAAGAAAUUAUGCUAUUGAUAAAAAUCGUGAUUUAGAUGUGUGGACAGGAAGUCUUGGGAUUAUGCAAAUUGAAGAUGUACAUGGAGAAUUACAAGAUAUUUAUUUACACCGUAAUGCUGAAGGAAAACAAUCAAUACCAGUACCAAAAUUACUUUUUAAAGUUGUUUAUGACAGUAUUGGUAAAGCUGGUGUUGCUUUUAUAACAAUUAAUAAUCCAUAUUUGAAAAGUCUCGAUGAUGAAUAUGUUGUUUGUCAAGAUGUUUGUGAUGAUAUGCCUUGGUUAAAUGAAAAAUCAACAUGGAAACGAGAUAAAUAUGACAAAGGAUAUACAUAUUGUUGUAAAGUUGAUGAUUUUAGAAAUGUAUUUCCAGAUUUACCAGAAUUUCAAGCUAGAAAAUUGCUCAAGUAA